AUGGAUUUGAAGCAUGUAUGGCAGAUGCUGCAACAACACGAGUCUUUAGCAUUCACGUUCUUACAAGCCAAGUACAUUCCUACGAGCUCAAUACUUAAAAAAGCCUCUUUGGCCUUUGUGUGGCUUAAUGCAUCGACUUCCUUAACGACUGCAUACAUGCAGCAAACGAAGAGAUCACAAAAAGGUGGACAUUAUUCUACACUUGCUUUAUUGAGGAAAGAGCUCCGAGAAGGAAAUCUACAAUCUCUCUUUGAGCGUUCUUCCUGUAUAUUUUCCUCCUUCAAUACAGCACCUGAUCCUUUGUUGUCUUCAUUCAUUUUGCCUAUGGCUGAUGAUUUUGCAAGUGUUCAACAUUCUUUUUCAGAUGAAACAAGCUCAGCCAAGAAAAGCUUUAAUGAGAAUGUUUUAGAGCGAAAUAUGAUGUCGCCUCUAUCAAUUAAGGAUCAGGAAGAUAAGGCCAAAGGACUGAAUUUGUUCAAGGGCUGGUUGUUGUCUGCCAUUCUUGAUGACAUCUUAUGA